AUGAGUAUCAGCCCUUCAUGCAGAGAUAUUGUCCUUGCAGGUCGGCAGGGUCUGUUGAUAAUUGAUCUGGAGGAUCCAUGGGUGCUGCCGCGUAUUCUUACGCAUUUAAGCAAAUGGGAAGUGGCAGAUGUUCAGUGGAGUCCCUAUGUGUCGCGUGAAUCUUGGGUUGCAUCCACAUCAAAUCAAAAGCUCCUGGUUUGGAAUUUGAACUACUCAGGAUCUCAUGCUAUCGAAAACGUCCUCCAUGCACAUUCGCGUGCAAUUUCGGAUAUCAAUUGGUCACCUCAUCAUCCAGAUAUGCUUGCUACUUGCUCGGUUGAUACAUAUGUGCAUAUAUGGGACCUGAGAUGUGCUGGUCAGAGCAGGGAUGAUCCAAGUGGACAGCCUUUACGACCAGCAAAUUCGUUUACAUCUUGGAAUGCUGCCACAACUCAGGUUAAAUAUAACCGUAAAAGCGAAUAUUUGCUGGCAUCGGCUCAUGACAAGGAUGUGAAGAUCUGGGAUAUUCGGAAAGGUGCAAUCCCAGUGACUACUAUUCAAGCUCAUACUAAAAAAAUCUAUGGUAUUGAUUGGAGUCGGCAGAAUGAUCACGAUAUUUAUUGGAACAUUCAUACACCAGAACAAGAAGAAGAAUCCAUCAUGACCAACUCGCCUGUAUGGCGUGCAAGGAAUUCGCCUUUCGGUAACGGUGUCCUUACGAUGCCUCAACGCACUGAAACGACACUCUAUUUGUACAACAGAGACACGCCUACUACUCCAGUUCACCGAUUUGAAGGACAUUGUGAUACGGUCAAAGAGUUCGUGUGGCGGUGGAAAGGCGGCAAUGGCUCAGAUGGUGAUGAUCGAGAGUUCCAGUUGGUGACAUGGUCCAAAGAUCAAUAUCUUCGACUUUGGCCUAUUACUGAAGACAUCAUGAAGUCUGUUGGCCAUAACUUCAGUAGCAAAAAGACAACUUAUCGUGUACCUGCUUCUGCUGUUCGUCCUGAUGGAACCGUGCAAUCUCGAACAUUCCAAAGAAUACCUGAUGAAGUUGAACCCUUGAAUGGUCAGCUGACAUCAUCCUUGUCAGGUCCUGGAUCACGAAAAGACGGCAGCGAACCCAUGUCAGCAAUGAGUCUGUUUCGACCGGGUGGCAUCUCUUCUGGUGGCUAUGAUACCACGGCAAAUGCGUAUCAUGAGCAAAAGUACGCUAUCAACCCGUUGCUAUGGAUGCAAAACGUCAAAACUGUUGGACCACCAACCACUGAGCUGCGGCGCGCGGCCACGACUGAAGCCACUUAUCCGACCGUGGCGGAGGAAAUGUCAACUGUAUUAAGCAAGUAUGCUAGUGCAGGUGUUAAAACGGAAAAGGUAAACGGCGCCUCGCGUACCUGCACUAUUACUCUGCAUGGCCCGUGGUCAGAUACCGGAAGCACAUUUGUCCGCAUUACAAUCCGCUUCAGUGCGCAAUAUCCAGAUAAUAGUCCCCCCGAGUUUGAUAUUCAAAAAAAUAGCAUGAUGUCUAUCUUUUAUCGUGCCCAUAUGUCACAAGAGCUGAACGCUUUGGCAGCAAGUUAUACAUCCCAGAAGCGAUGGUGCCUCGAAGCAUGCAUUCGAUGCUUGCUUGGAGAAAAUCCACAAGAUGACGCCGAUUUAGCUUUAGAAAAGGGCAAGGAGGACAUUUUUGGAAAUGGAAAUCAAACAGGCAACUACUGGAACGGAUCUGGUACUGGUGUAGACAAUGGUGACUCUGAUGACGAGAUAUUCGCCGGUCCGCCAUUCAUGGGAGGCGUCAGUGGUGGAUAUGGCAUGGCAGGCAAACGCGUGAGCGUGCAGAGUGAAAAAGGUAUCGUCGUGGAUAUGUCUUCCAAACAAACCGCAGACGAAAAAGUACCAUUUCCUCGCCUUUGCGGUGGUGUCUUUUCUGGAAGUGGACAACUCGUAUGCUUCUUUUCAACGUUACGUGUACGUGAUUCCAAUCGUGCAAGCCAAAAAGACGCCGCUGAAAAGCAAGAGGCUCGACAGGGCACGAGCCCGACCAGCAAUGCAAGCAACACUGAAUAUUUCGAGAAUACGUACAGCGAUUUCUACAAGCAUCCACGUACAUAUGAACAAUUUGAAGAAUACAAGGAAAUUGCAGCAAUGUCACGGCAAGGGCGAAAUGCGACCGUGCUUGUCGGUGGCACAGGCGGUGCCUUUGGCGAGUAUGCCUACGAUGAUGAUCCGGAUGAUAUAGACGAUGGGUUAACAACGAUGACCUCGCUAUAUUUCAAACCAGAUAGUUUUGCAUUGGCGGGAUCCAUAUCGAACAACGGCAAUCUUUUAUACCGUAAUCCAAAAACAGAUCGCAUUACAUAUAAUGUUCUACUUGUCGAUCUGAAAAGAAUACUACCCUACGACGCUGAUUUGGCUAAAGAAUACAUCUUGACUUUGGGAGAUCCAGUUGCAGCCUGCACGCAUAACGCUGUCGUGUGUCGAAAUCAUGAUCGAUCAGACUUAUCAAAGGUUUGGUCUUUGGCAUCCGAAAUCGUCAAGCAAUGUAUCCCGUUGGAUAAAGAACAAGGAUGGGCUCCCGAACAGACUGAGAUUUUCCAAACGGACGACAAAACCUUGCAUGACAUUAGAAAGAUACUGUACGGACCAGCAACACAACGGACAAAGAAAUCGAGCAAGCGGAUACCAAAGAAACGACGUCAUUUCAUGAGUAUUGGUGAUAUUCAAACUGCUGCUAUGCUCUCCUGUAUAUUCCACAACAGUAAUACCCAAGUGUCGCCAUCCACACGCAAGAACGGACUUUCAGAUCACACUGUUAUGUCAAAUGGGAACAUUGACUCAUCAAAUAUACGAGCACAAUCUCUGGUGAGAACUGGAUCAGGGCCUGUUGCAGUGCUUCCUGGAUCGCCAGAUCGUAUCACGACUUCACAAUUGAGCGCGUCGUAUGGAACACGAGGCGUGAACUUUCUAUCCUAUUUUUGGGAUACUGACCGGCAUACUCCACCUGGCGAAAAGUCUGCGACAGAGAGUAUGCAUGAAUCAUCGACCGCUGGCUACGCCAAACGUAUCACUCGACCCUUCACAAGCACCUUGACCCAACAAAAGAUACCUAGUAAUACUGCCCCGGGCUUACGCAAUUUAUCUACCCAACCAUUGACCCCACCUGCCACCAUGACAACCGCCACUGCUGCCAUAACAACACCGCCACCUUUUACUCCUCCUGCAUCUUCAUCUCAAGCCGUCGUUUCCGACAAAGAAGGGAAGCUUGUUUAUACGGAUGAAAUGACGAUUGAGUUUACGAAUUUGGAAACGUAUGAUGGCGACAAGGCUCUUUCUUACAAUAAUGACGUAUCACUGCUCGAUCCAAAAGACAUUGCUAAGCUCGAUGUCUUACGACUCAACUAUGCGGAUAUGCUGUAUCGUUGGGGCUUACUUGAAAAACGGGCCGAAAUUCUCAAAUUCCUGAGUCGGCCACCUUUUCCUGCAACAGAACGAACAAUGCAGGUUCAAAUACGAUGCUAUAUUUGUGGGUCUGAAAUUGCUGGACGAGAUCGGAUCUGCUAUUCCUGCCGAAAGCUGCGCAAUCAAAUUCGAUGUAGCAUAUGUCACGUACUGGUCAAGGGUAUUCUCAAUUUUUGCAGCAAAUGCGGGCAUGGUGGACACAGCCAGCAUAUCAAGGAUUGGUUUUCACAACACAAAAUUUGCCCGACGGGCUGCGGGUGUGUUUGUCUCAUCGACUCCUCAUCAUAG